AUGCCAUGGUCCACGACCAACACUGUACGAGACAAUUAUUACGCCUAUUACCACGGGAACCCUCCCAUUACUCUACUUGAGCGCCGGGAACAGCCAUUCGUCAACAUACCGCCGAAUCUUCAUAGGGACCUGAAUGGAGUUCUGCUACCCGAAUCCAUAUCAGCACAGCUGUUGCAUAACUGUGUUGCACCACCCUAUCGUACAGCAAAUGUCAGGGGAAACACCAUCUUAGAUGUCCCUUCUCCGGCAGCGGGUGUCUAUGGCACACCGACUGGCAGGCAGUACUACAUCUCAAAUGCUGGUCUCAGCUACGUGCCAAACAACACGGCAGCUGCUCUUUGGCACACUGGCCAAUCUUCUCCGCUGCCCCCGUCUACCCAACUACCCAAACAACCAAUCCACUGGCAAAAUAUAGGCGAUCGUGAUUUUCAACGCCCAGUCAUUAGGGAUCGAAGUCAGGCUCCUGUUCGGAUCACCAAUGAACAUGCCGGAAUGCACCAGCAAUGGCAGGAGCACCUCACAGACGAUUUCAUACGAUACCGAAAUGAUGCUAUUCAUCAUACUGGCUUGGUCCAGGCAGGAUAUUCGCCGAAUAGGGGUCUCGAAAACAUUCAGUUCGCCCCUGGUCCUUAUUCCCGCGCUAUCCCAGACUUCGAUACGAUGUCAGCCCCGAGAACCCAGUUAGAAUCGCGUAUGACAGAAGCGCGGCAAUAUCCAGCCCAUGGAGGUUUAGAUCAAUUUGAGCUCGGCCAUGAAGCUGCUACGCUAGGCAGUUUGUCACCUCCGCGUCCCACCUCACGGAGUGACUUCGAAAUUGCUAUCAUCUGUGCUCUGACAGUCGAGCAAGACGCAGUCCAUGCCCUCUUUGACCAUUACUGGGAUGACAAUGGGCCCGCAUAUGGCAAACACCCCUGUGACCCUAACGCAUAUUCAUGCGGUGCGAUUGGCCGGCACAACGUCGUGCUCGUGCACAUGCCAGGUAUGGGAAAAGCAAGCGCCGCAGCAGUUGCCGCUCACUGCCGAGUGAGCUUUCCAAACCUGAAACUGGCCCUCGUAGUAGGCGUCUGCGGGGCUCUUCCGUUCACUAAUACUGAUCAGGAGACUAUACUGGGCGAUGUGAUCAUCGGUGAUGGCGUCAUCCAGUACGACUUUGGGAGACAGUACCCAGACCAGUUUGUCCGCAGGAACACCCUUCUCGAAGCGCUUGGCAGACCUAGUCCUGAGAUACGUGCACACCUGGCAAAAUUGAAAAAUCGCCGCGGUCUUGCGUCACUUCAUCAUGCUAUGUGUGCCCAUCUUCGCUUUCUUCAAAGUCACCCUCAGUUCAAGGAAGACUAUCAUUAUCCUGGCGCUGAACAGGAUGUGUUAUAUAAACCGGAGUCUAACAUUGUUGUCUCACGUCGGCGACUGGAACAACCCAGUCCCAAGCCUCAUGUCCACUUUGGUGCCAUUGCAUCUGGCGAUACAUCGAUGAGAAGCGGAAUGCGCCGCGACUCUAUCGCAACAAGAGAGGGGAUUAUUGCAUUUGAGAUGGAGGGUGCAGGUAUCUCCGACAACAUACCACAUGUGAUUAUCAAGGGUGUGAGCGACUAUGCAGACUCGCAUAAGACCAAGGCUUGGCAACCCUAUGCUGCCGGCACUGCCGCUGCUUGUAUGAAGGCCUUCUUAGAAACUUGGGUUCCAACUCGGAGGCUGUGCUAA